AUGGCUGCACACGCAGAAACUCAGUACAUUAAUUUAGUGCAGCGCAUACUCUCUAAAGGCUCUGAUAAGAUGGACAGAACAGGAACAGGGACUAUUUCCGUGUUUGGAGAUAUGAGCAGAUAUUCUCUGGAAAAUGACGCAUUUCCACUGCUCACCACAAAAAAAGUCCCUUUCAGGAUAGUGGCUGAAGAGCUUCUCUUCUUCAUCAAGGGGCAGACAGACAAUAAAAUACUGAAAAGUAAGAACGUGAACAUAUGGAACUUAAACGCAACAAAAGAGUUCCUGGUGUCCAGGGGAAUAGACAGAAAAGAAGACGAUCUAGGGCCCAUAUACGGCUUCCAGUGGAGACACUUUGGGGCAGAGUACGGAACAUGCGAUGAUAUCUACACGGGCCAGGGCAUAGAUCAGCUGAAUAACGUAAUAAACGAGCUAAAAACGAACCCAAACAGCAGAAGAAUGGUUGUCAGCGCGUGGAAUCCUCUUGAUCUAAACAUUAUGGCCCUUCCUCCAUGCCAUGUUCUAUUUCAGUUCGUAGUAACUGAUGGUAAGCUCAACUGCAUGCUGUACCAGAGGUCAGGGGAUGUAGGAUUAGGAGUGCCCUUUAACAUAGCCAGCUACUCACUGCUUCUGAAGAUGGUCUCAUAUCUGACGAAUAUACCCGAGGGAGAGUUCAUCCACAUCCUGUGCGAUGCCCACAUCUACAAAAACCACAUUAGCCAGCUCACGGAGCAAGCAACACGAGAGCCCAGGCCAUUUCCUACGCUGAAAAUACUUCCGCAGGAGCCCAGACACAGGCUCGAAGAUUUUGAAAUUAAUGACUUCGUAGUUGAGGGAUACGACCCGCAUCCUCCCAUUAAAAUGAACAUGUCAGCAUGA